AUGGCGGCUUCAAAUCCGAUGACGAACAACACAGACGGACCACGUGAUUCAUCGAAGCGGAGAAAGAAGAAGAAAAUGCUAAAGCAAUUUAGCAGCAAUAGAAAUCAGGUGCCGGAAAACAUGAAUAAUAACCACGACGAGAUUACGUCAUGGAAAUCAGAAGAUCGACAGGAAGCAUAUAGUUCCAAACUCUUCGAAGCUCUCCGCCAUCUCCGGCUGAGCUCCGGUACGUCUUCACAUUCUGUUCCGCUUCGUGGACGUGCGGUUCGUGAAGCCGCUGACCGUGUCCUUGCAAUGGCGGCGAAAGGGCGGAGUCGAUGGAGUCGCGCGAUUCUCUCAAAAACUGAAGCAUAA